AAGAAACAGCAGAACUCUGCAGAGUUAAACUGGAAAAGAUUUGUCUAAUGAACAGCUGUAAUUACAAGCCGCAGCUUGUAAUUGUUUCUUUUUAAUACGUGUUUUGACAAAGUCAAGAUAACCUCAUGUCAGGCGUGUCGAACGCACAUUUAGUUCUGACAGGAAGCCGUCUUUCGUGGAGUUUUAUCCCAUCAGGUCGGCAGCUCCCCAGGACUCCUCCUUUGCCGAAUGUAACUAAGCACCUGACUUUUUGUGAUGAAGAUUUGAAUGAGGAUACGGAGCCACAGCUGAAAAUGGAGGCCGAUACUAGAGAUCAGGAUGGCAAUAACCAAAACGCGACGUUUGCUUUCAACAAAACUGGCACAAAAAAAGAAAACCUUUCAGAACCAUGUGAUCCCAACUCCAUGCUGAAAGGGAUGAAGGGGUAUCUGCUGACACCAAGUGACUUGGAGUUUAUUGAAAAGAUGGAAAAAGAUAAACUUGUUAAAAAACUGCAGCAAGACCUGGAAAAGGUGCAGCGGUUGUUGCAAAAUGAAAUGAUGUCCUUGGAGCUGGUGUGUGCUUCCAGGGUACAGGCGCAGGCUGUACUCGAAAAUUUGCCGUCCUGUGAGGACCUCACUGAGUGGGUAAAGGUGGCCCUCAACAUGACAUCACCAUCAACUGACUUAACAAACCUGGACUCCAAGUCUCUCCUGGCCAUGGUGACGAAAGAAAACCUUCAAGGAGUCGCAGAUAAGAAGGGUCUAGAGCUCACUCGGAUGAAAAAGAUGCUGGCCAACAAAAAGAAGAAAGAGGCUCAAGAGAGAGGGCAGCUUGAAAAACAAAUUGCCAGUGAACGGCUGAAGAUCCAGGGCUUAAUGAGCCAGUUAUCAGACCUGAAAUCUGAACUCUCACAACAAAAGGAAGCCUAUAAAGAUCUUGAACUACAGAUUAAAACCAAAGACUCACCAGAAAUCAAAGCGGAAGAAGCGGACACCUCGGAGGAACUACAAGCCGCUAAACGCAGAGGAAAGGGAACAACGCAGGCGGUUAAAUCCACUGAAAACUUGCAAGGCACAAAAAAACAAAGUAGAUCAACAAGGAGCAAACCCACAGACGGUAAAAUGGACAGUCGGACGAGUGUGGAAGAUGAUCGCGCAGAUAAGAACACAAGCGAAACUCUGAAGACGAAACGGACGCCCGGAGCUGCAGCAGAGGAGCCGACGAAGUCUGUUAAAGAAGCCAGAGGGCCACAGAAGAACGGUGAGAAACGGGAGUCAAAUUCACAGGAGUCUGUUGGAGGUAGGAGAAAGCCGGCUCGACCCGCACGGACCACUGCUUCACGAGUGAAAAAUCAAAGUCACGUGAAAACUGGGGAGUCCCAUUCCACGUCCCAGCAGGCGGCUCCCUCGCAGGGAAGAAAGCAGGCUGCUGUAGCUGCAGGCGAUGCUGCAGAGGAGGCCCGAAACACCGUUCUGAGGAGAUCCAAGAGGAUAGCCAGCAGAAGGUGACACCACACUGGAACUGUCUUGCCAUAAAAGCAACGCUGGUGAUCCUCUGGCUUCUUUAGUGCCACCGUGAGGUUGACUCAGUGACAUUUCUGAUGCCCCAGAAUGUUGGGAUGGUGAAUGACUUAAGUCUUGUUGCUAAAUUAAUUCCUACAAUGUGAUUUUUUUUUUUUUUUUUUUUUUUUUUUUUUUUUUUUUAAGUUUGUUUAUAUAAUGCUUUACCAUAAAACCUGAUUGUAGGAAAGUCUGUCUCAGUCUGUGAAGGGAGGUCAAAGGUCAUGUGCACCAUCAUUGGUGCUGACCGAGGUUUAAUUUUUAGUUUAAGGACCACUCUAGAAGACUGAAUGCUUGUCAGCAAAGAGGCCUCAAGCCCCAAAACCCUCAUGACGAAUUGAAAUUGAAUGCGAUUUUCUUUUUUUUUUCUUCUUCUUUUUUUUUUGUUAUUAAAUGAAAUUCCUUCACACCUAUUUUUUAAAACAUUGACCCAGCUGACGCACACGUCAUAAAAUGUCUCUCUAUUCAUUCUUCUGAUUUCUAUUGUGAUUGUUAAUAAAAAUCAUAGAUUGGUA